AAAAAAAACGGAGAAGAAGAAAGGGGAGAAGAAAAAAAACCCUAAAAAGCUGCUUCACGUUUUCGCGCUUUUCUUCCUGUUUCCAUCUCAGCAGCAUUUAUGCUUCAUAGAUUUCCUACACUGUCUUGUUCCCAUUGAAGCUGCGUUUGAUGUGAAAGGAGAAGCUCGAGGAACGACAGAAAUGGCGAAAUCGAUGCUUCUGGUGCGAUUUUCAGUGCUGCGGUGCUUCUGAUAGGAUCGAUUCUUGUCUUGAAGCAUAGAAAACAGAAUCAGUAGCACAAUUAAUUUUCUCAGAGCGAAUUUUUGCUUUUUUUCGGGGGUUUAGAUCCAAAAAUGAUAAGACUCAUUUCCCUGUGGUUGUUUCUGGGAAAGCUCUGACUCAGUGUUUUGACCGAAAGGACGAGAUAAAAAAAAGGGUGAAAGAUGCUUCGUUUGAUUUUCUUGGGGAGAUUUGAAGCUUAGAUAUUUGAUUUUUCUCGAUUUUUGGGCAAGACAGGAUCUUUGAACGGGUUUGCCCGAAAAGCCUGGGAAUCUAGUGAAGAAAUAUAUAUUUGUUUUUAUAUGUGGGGGCUUUGAAGGAAGAAGAAGCCUAGCGAAUGAAAAAGUUGGGCAGUGUUUUUGUGUACGGUGCUGUGACAUUCAUGUGAUUCAGUGAGCCGGGGGGGACGAAGAGCUAGGUCUUGUCAUGUCUCUGAGUUUUGUUUUCAUCUUGGAAGUCCUUUCUGGAAUGACAAAUCUUGCAGUGUCUCUGACGCUUGUCCCGACUCCCAACUUGGUGGGGGCAACCAAAUAAUUCGAGCAAAAUUUGUUGUCUCUGCCUUUACAUAUAUAGAUGUAUAUAUAUGUUUUUGCCAUAGCCUUGUGAGCCUAAACCAUCUCCAAGAAAGUACGACUCUUGAGAUUGGGGUUUUGCUCUGAGUAACAUACAGAAAUCUUCUUGGGGAGAGAGAAGUGGAUUGAGGGUUGAUAGAGUUCUUGCAUUGUGCUUCUCCGGCUUGGUGUCUUGAUGAGUCGGCUACAGAAGCGAGGGAAGCAGGAAAAGCCGGGGUCUGAUGGAGGUGAAAAGGUUCUUGUAGCUGUUAAGGCGUCUAGAGAGAUCCCAAAGAACGCCUUGGUUUGGGCCUUGACUCAUGUUGUUCAGCCUGGAGAUUGCAUAACGCUGCUUGUCGUCGUUGCCUCUCACCACUCUGGUCGGAAAUUAUGGGUUUUCCCGAGGUUUGCCGGGGAUUGUGCCAGUGGUCAUCGGAAGUCCCAUUCAGACGCAUGUCCGGAGAUAAAGAGUGAUCUCACUGACACUUGCUCCCAGAUGAUUCUCCAGCUCCAAGAUGUCUAUGAUCCAAAUAAGAUAAAUGUCAAGAUCAAAAUCGUAUCUGGAUCACCCUGUGGAGCUGUGGCUGCUGAAGCCAAGAAAGUACAAGCAAACUGGGUUGUGUUGGACAAGCAACUCAAGCAUGAGGAGAAACGAUGCAUGGAUGAGCUGCAAUGUAACAUUGUGGUGAUGAAGCAUUCACAGGCAAAAGUUCUGCGCUUGAACUUGGUUGGAUCCCCGAGGAAGGAUGCAGGAAAAGAGUGUUGCUUACCAACUGGACAGGAAGCAGCAUCCGAAAAAAAGAAUCUGAAGAACAACAAAAUGGUAUCUUCAGAUUCUAUCCGGCAGCCAGUUGUGACCCCUACGAGCAGUCCUGAGCUAGGGACCCCAUUCACGGGCACAGAAGCUGGGACUUCAUCAGUGUCCAGCUCUGACCUGGGAACGUCACCUUUUUUCAUAUCGGGCACGAAUGGGGACUUGAAAAAAGACGAAGUACUGGUCAUCAAGGAGAAUGAUGUUCUCGAUGAAUCUGGUUCUGAUACAGAGAGUGAAAAUCUAUCGCUAGCGUCGACGAGUAUGAGAUUCCAGCCAUGGAUAUCAGAUUAUCUCUGCACCCAUCGGCAGUCAUCCAUGGGAGGAGCUGAGGAAAGCUUGUGGAAAAGCGAAGAUAGUGGGGUUCAAGUAUCAACAGCAAAGGCAUUGCUUCAGAAGUACUCAAAAUUAGAUGACGAAAUCGGAUCUUCGAGCAGGAGAAUCGAUUUGGACUUCAGCGGAAACUUGAGAGACGUGAUUUCGCUCUCUCGAAAUGCUCCUCCAGGGCCACCUCCUCUCUGCUCUAUAUGUCAGCACAAGACACCGGUAUUUGGAAAACCUCCAAGGUUGUUCACAUACCCGGAGUUAGAGCUUGCAACAGGCGGGUUUUCACAGGCUAACUUCUUGGCAGAAGGCGGGUUUGGAUCGGUUCAUAGAGGGGUACUCCCGGAUGGGCAGGUAGUGGCUGUAAAGCAACACAAAUUGGCAAGUACGCAGGGAGAUGUGGAAUUUUGCUCAGAAGUGGAAGUUCUAAGUUGUGCUCAACACCGAAAUGUUGUGAUGUUAAUCGGUUUCUGCAUCGAAGACAGCAGAAGGCUUUUGGUCUACGAAUACAUAUGCAAUGGAUCCCUCGAUUCCCAUCUGUACGGUCGACAUAGGGAACCUUUGGAAUGGGCAUCACGGCAAAAAAUCGCUGUUGGAGCUGCUAGAGGCCUUCGGUAUCUGCAUGAAGAAUGCAGAGUGGGUUGCAUUGUUCACCGUGAUAUGCGGCCUAACAACAUUCUAAUCACACAUGAUUACGAACCACUUGUUGGAGAUUUCGGUCUAGCGAGGUGGCAGCCUGAUGGGGACCUUGGAGUGGAAACACGAGUGAUCGGAACGUUCGGGAGAUUUGCUUUGUCGAGUGUAUAUAGCUAUCUGGCUCCUGAAUAUGCUCAAACCGGGCAAAUCACGGAGAAAGCGGAUGUAUACUCGUUCGGGGUGGUUCUGAUUGAGCUCGUCACUGGCCGUAAAGCCAUUGAUAUCACCCGGCCGAAAGGCCAGCAGUGUCUGACCGAAUGGGCACGACCUCUACUGGAAGAAUACGCGGUGGAAGAACUAAUUGAUCCGAGCCUUGGGACCCGCUUCUCGGAGAACGAGGUCAUCUGCAUGCUUCAGGCGGCAUCAUUGUGCAUAAGAAGAGAUCCCCAUUUACGCCCUCGAAUGUCUCAGGUGCUUCGGAUAUUGGAAGGCGAUAUGAUAAUGGACGGGAAUUACACGUUAACGACUCCGGGAUCUGAAGCAGGCAGCCGAAGCGGGCGGUUUUUGGUAGACCAGAAACACUACAGUGGCCCUCUUCUAACAGAUGAUGAUGAUGCUGCUUCGGGCAGGUUCAGUCAGAAACUCUGUCUUGACACGAAGCGAUGAGAGAAGAAGCAAGUGAUCGCAGAGACUAAACCGGAAAGAAUCAAGUGAUACAGUGACUGCACCGGAAGCUAAACCGGAAAGAAUCAAGUGAUGCAGUGGUUAAACCGGAAGCUAAACCGGAAAGAAGUGAGUGAUGCAGUGACUCUCUCUCAGACCACAGUGGAAGAUAUCUGUUUGUCUGAGUUGGUUAGUUUUGUAGUUGUUGUCUUUAAAGUUCAUGUUUUUUUGGUACAGCGAUCCAAUGCUCCGUUAAGAGUAAAUUUUUGUUAACCCUUUUUUGUAUAGUGGGUGAAAAAAAAUUGAUGCUUUACCCAUGAAAUUUGGGUUUCAUUUUGA